CUGAACGCGAUAGCACACUAUAUUACGUUACCUGUAACCACCUAACCUACAACUCUUAAUAUUAGGUACUGUCAAUAAUCGUUUAAGUCCGUAUCUAACACGAAAGCCUUGGCGCACUUUAAUCUCGCCACUCGGCCAGUUUGCCAUUAACAGUUCCCAUAUAUAGGGGGCAGAGCAGCAUUUAUUGAUUUCAUGCAUUUUCCAACACCUUACGAUUUCCUAUUUGGGACAUUCAGCUGGGCACUUAACAGCUGAAAGACUGCAGCGUUAUUCGAGGUGAGAUUCGGGAGUAUUGCGAGCUUAUAUGAUUGGUCACUCAGGAAACACAACAUCAUUCCUCAUGAUCGAAUUCAAGUUCCAACUUCAGAGAUAUUCUGGGCUUUCGCUAUGUAUAAGAUAUGGAUUCAGUCCAUUUACAAAAACUUACUUGGCACUACAGUUCGAAAAGCUCCAUUAUUCGUCUCGCCAGAUUAAUAGUUUUGACUACGCAUUACCAGAACAAAAACUGAACCUUGUUCCUAUGGUAGUAGAUACCAAGGGUAUGGCUCACAGAACCAACGAUACAGUCGACUUUGACAUUUAUACCCCUAUUCAUUCGAAGUACGUUCCAAAUCCCGAAGAACUUAGUGAAAUCCUAGAAGAUCAGUUUGGGGCCGGCGAGUAUGUAGUAGAAAUGCGCCAUAAUACAUAUAAUGUCAAGUCUAAAGCGAGGCUUGAUCACGGCACGAUAGAGAGAAUCCGACAAUUGUCAAACAUAACCAAAAAGUCAACAUCAGGAUUGGCGCUCAGUGUAUAACUUGACGUUCCUGAUGUGCUUCGGACUCCGUAUCGUUAAUAUGGAUUACACGAAGAGACCUAAAAAGAAAAAAACCUCCCCUUCGAAAUAGGAGUCACCAAAUACUGGCGAGAGGUGUAGAAGAACUUUGGUUGUCUAGUGCAGAGCUGUUUGGUGAGUUUGAGUUUCUGUAUUACCAGUCAUGUAGGAGUAGGUAUAUGGCGUUAAAUAGCAACAAGUUACUCGAUUUGCUUGUUUUCAUUGAAGUUUACAUUAUAUUCCUGUCUCCAAAUAUAUCCAACACCUCGCAACCUUCAACCAACCUAUUCCAUAUUUUUAUGCCUUCCACCCUACCCUAGAUCUUACAAGCCAUAUGUGAUAGAUACGGCAUAUUUCUCACUAUGCAGUGCAGCCCGUAGCGUUUACAUACGGUCAUUCAAAUGAGCCGACGCUAUUAGUACAGUGGCGAAUAUGAAGAGUCCGAUAGAAGUCAUAUAUAUACCUAGGUACCUAUGUUUAGAAGUAUAAGAGGAUAUAACCUAGUUAAUACAUGUUAGUAGUAUGAAGAGCAGGGAAUUGAGCAGACUAGCAGCACCGGCUCCGCAACCCCUAGUAUUUGGUCUGUUAGAAUAAGCAGAGCCUUGUAUUUAAUCCGUAUAGUUCCUAGUUUAUAGUCCCAAUAUUUAUUUUUUCGAAAUGCC